AUGAAAUUAUUUGUGGGUGCCACCCUGGCCAUUAUGCUAGGCAUAAUGGGUCAGGUUACAAGGGCACAAAAUUUAGCAAAUGGUGCAAUACCCUCAAAUCUCAUGGCAAAUUUGGUCAAUGGAGCAGGGGGAGCAACGAAAUGGAGUUUUAGUACGAAUUCCGGUCCGGCUUCAUCUGGGAUUAGUUCUUCGGCUGAUGCUGCUGCUAGUCUUGGCUCGGCAUUGCCUGCCAAUUUGAUGGGGGAUUUAAGUAAAAUUAUGGCCCAGGCAGGGAAUGCGGGCAAUGGAAAAUUCAGUUUUACAACCACCUCGGGUUCGUCAUCCGGAAACCAGGAUGGUGUUGCCGCCACUGCUGCUGUAUUGCCUGGCAAUCUGGUUGGAGAUUUGAGUCAAAUGUUUGGACAAAAUGUGGAUCUAAAUAAAAUCAUAAGUCAAAGUGGAAGCGGAAGCGGAGGUAGCGGCAAAUGGAGUUUCAGUGUCAAUGGAAGUCCCACAACUAUGACUAGCUCCUCCACUUCCUCCUCGGGAGGUCAAAUUCUGAACUCUGGAGCGGCCAAUCUCGUGGGAGAUUUAAGUCAAAUGUUCGGCCAAGCUGGAAGCGGAGGUAAUGUUAAGUGGAGUGUUAAUGGCAGUCCCACCACUAUGACGAGCACUUCCUCUUCCUCCUCUGCUGGUGUCCAAGGUCAAGGUUCCGGUGUUGGCAUGGCAAUUCCUGGCCAACUCAUGGGAGAUUUAAGUCAAAUGUUUGGUAAGGGCGGAUCUGGUGGCUCCACCAAGUGGAGUGUUAAUGUCAAUGGCGGUCCUAGUAUGACCUCCGGAAUACAAACCCAUGAUUUGGCUUCCCAUUUGGCUGGUGGCAUCUCUGGAGGCAUCAACGUCGGUGGUCAUCCAAUUACCGGCUCGACUACAGUGUCGUCUGGCACAGGUGGUAAAAUUGGCACCGCUGGCCGUUGGAAGGUUAGUGUUAACAAUGGUCCCGCCAGCGUCUCCAAGGUUCCCAUCAAUAAUGCCAUACAUGGCAAUUUGGUGGGACAGGGUUUCACACCUCAGGUGACCACUUCAACAACUACAACAACAACCGGAAAUAUGGGUUCUCUGCAAAAUAAUUUGGCCAGUAUGUUUGGUCAAAUUAGCGCUGGAGGAGGUUCCGGAGGUUCUAUACAAAAUGAUUUGGCCAGUAUGUUCGGACAGGUGGGAGCUGGAGCAGGUUCCGGUGGUUCCGUACAAAAUGAUUUGGCCAGUAUGUUUGGACAAAUGGGAGCUGCAGGAGGUUCUAGUGGGAAAUUAACUGUCAGUGUCAACCCCUCAAUAACCACUAGCAUCACCACAUCAACUUCGGGUUCGAGUUCCAGUUCUUCCACCACCCCCGUUGGAGGUCUCCAGGGCAACUUAAUUGUCGGUAGCACAGGAACUAGUGGUACCACAACAGGUGGUUCCAAAGGUAAAUGGAGUGUAACCAUUAAUACGGGACCAGCAAGUGGUAUUUUGGGAGCGGUUCAAGGCAUUGCCACGGGAUCGUCCACUCUGAGUGGAGGUUCAAGUGGUCAGGUGAAUAUUGGUUCCACAACGUCUGGGGGUUCCACUACUGGCCAUUUGAAUAUUAAUAUGGGAAGCACCGGAUCUGCUGGUCAAACUUCAAGUGAUGCGAAUGGCCAAUGGACCAUUGAAACCAGCGGAACUACCAAUGAUGGAGAUCUAAGUGGCCAUUUGACCAUUGGAACUAGUGGCACUACCACCACGGAACUACCACCAGCCAAUCAAAUGAUGGAGGUUUAA